GUUCAGGUGGAAUUACUUGGAAGAACAAGACUCAAGUGCACUGCCUGGUUUCACAAAGUUCCUGCAAGGAGGAGGUAGAGCCAAGUUCACUAACCCACUCUUUCCCACUCUCUCCUACCCAACUUGGACUACUCUAUCAACGGGCCAGUAUGCUGAGACACACGGCAUUGUUGGUAAUUAUUUCUACGAUCCCCAAACAGAGGAAGUCUUCUCCCUCUUUGACAAAGAAAGCACAGGAAAACAGAAGUGGUGGACCUCGGAGCCCAUCUGGACAACAGCAGAGAAAGCUGGUCUUCGCACUGCCCAGUUCUUGUGGUCUCGCUGUGAUGUUCCUUUCGACGGCAUUCUUACACACUUCUGUGAACCAUUCGUCAAGAUACCUGGCAAGGAAAUAUUUAGAAAGAAUAUACAAAGAGCGUUGGAAAAAUUUGACGAAGGCUUUGACUUCGUUCAGGUGUAUACGGAGCACACUGACAACAUGGGCCAUAAUACAGGCCCAGAUUCAGAAGACACACAUCAAGCAGUGAGAGACUUAGAUGAUGUGUUAAUGUUCCUCAUGAAUGAGCUUGAAGCUAGAGAUCUUGCGGACGAAGUGAACAUUGUGAUUGUGAGUGAUCAUGGGAUGGCGUACACUGCCCCGGGAGCCAUCCAGAGACAUGAGUUGGAUGACUACCUUGAUCAAAGCCUCGUUGACAAUAUUGCUGAUAAAGGUGCCUUCGUUAACAUCAAGGUUCCUGCUGAGCAUAUUCCACAAGUGUAUGAGCAGGUAUCGAAGAUACCAGGUGUGACUGCCUACAAGCACUCUGACAUACCAGAGCGAUUCCAUUACAAGAACAACAAGUACAUCCAUGACAUCAUUCUCUUAGCUGAUCAAGGACACUUCAUUAUGGCUUCCAAGUCGGAGAAACAACUCCCGUUAAGAAAUAACUAUGUGUACAUUGGUGCUCAUGGCUAUGACCCAGAUCUUCAAGACAUGAAGGGAAUAUUCUUCGCUAAAGGCCCAGCAUUCAAGUGUGGAUGGACAAUUGAUCCCAUCCAUAUUGUGGAUAUAUACCAAGUCCUGAGCCACGUGCUGGGCGUGGCACCACAGCCUCAUAAUGGCACCUGGGAGCGAGUGAGGGAAAUAUUUACCAGUGAUGGAUCACAUACUCUUUACACAGCUCCUUCACAUACUUCACCGCUGCAAAUCAGCUUCCUCUUAUCUUCUGUUGUACUUAUCAUGUUCUGUGUUACAUAUUACAAACGCUGAAACAAUUAGGGUUAUACAUAGCCGGGGCAGUGAGUGGCAGACAAAUUCAAGGAAGAGGAAGACAGCUACAACGCCUUGGAUCAAGAGUUAUUCACUAUGAAAGUUGUAUAUCAACAUGAAUUUCAGUGUAGAGGCAUACUUCAUUGUAAGCGUAAGUGAUUUUUGUGAACUUUAAUAAUGACAAAAUCAUGGUUA